AUAACUUUUGGUAUUUUUUGAGCCCAUCUCUUUCUCGAUGACCACGAAACGAUUAUUGGUGCUUAGUCGGGGGCAUUCCCGGAAAUUACUUUCAUUUGAACUGCUGCUUAGAGAAGUCUAACAAAUUUGAAGCUCUAAAAAAUUAUAAAAUGGCCCAGAAUCAAAGACUUAGUGCUAAAGAAUUCCAGAAAAAUUUUGCAGAAUCUCUUAGCUGCAACGACGAACUUAUCUGGGACUUAGUGCCAGAAAAUCAACCAGAUUUGUUGAAGAAGAAACUUAAGGAAUUGAUACCCGAUCAUCAGACGCGCUCCAAAAAAACUCAGGACGCUGUAUUUACUUCUCUAUGGAAUCAAAGAAAAUACACAAACGGACAAUCGCUGACUGCCAUUAUUUAUGUAGUUGUGGUCCCAGAGGAAAAAAAUUUUGAAAAUGCUGAGAUAAGCACAAAUUUCUCCUAUCAUCCAGUGAUCCGUGCCCGCCGCUGCAUAUAUGGAACCAGCAGCUCCCACUGCUGCAAUUUGUUUGUUGAUGAAAACGCACGCGUCUACCAAAAUUGGGGACAUUAUGUGGCUACCAAUAAGUUGCCUCCCGGUACCAUGGUGGCCCCCAAAUCCGGAAUUUACAAGUUGGUGGAAGGCGAGGUGAGCCUGGAGAAAUUUGUAACACCAGCGGGCAGUGCCGGUAGAAAAGCUCUUCACGUUCUUGAUACUAGCGUUGCAAUUGGAGGAUUUGCCUCUGCGGGAGUCUCAAUUGUGGCAGCAACUUGUGUGUUUCCCUUCGCGGCUCCUCUGAUGGGCAUUGCCGGACUCGUCGGCCUGGGCACUGCCACAUAUGCGACGACCAGGUCCAGUAUCAGACUGGCGGAUCGCUCCAAACACGAGCAAUCGAUCAAACUGACUGAUCGAGAGGCGCGCGGACACUGGCUGAAUACAAUGGCCGGUGUCGUAGGAAUAGGUGCUGCCGGGGUCACAAAAGCCGUGGGUUUGGCAACAAUCGCUGGAAAGGAAGUUGGGAAGGUCGCUCAAAUGACAGUCAAUGGAGUGAACAUAACUUCGAUUGCAGUUUCCGGAUCAAGUGUGGCAAAUGGCGUUGUGGACAUUAUUAUAAAAGCUAUGGACGGGGAGGACAUCACUGCCAUGGAUGUGCUUCAGUUGUCCGCUUCGCUGGUAUUGUUCACCCACAGCAUCCACAAUUUCAAACUGGCCUCCACCAUCAUUAGGGAGGCCGCCAAUGGAAAGAUAGAUGGCUUUCGAAAAACCCUUAGUGAAAGUCAAAGGAUUUCAUUUGAUAAGUACCUUGAGACGACAGUGUCUAUAAGGGGAGAAACCAAGGGAAUAUUGGAUAUCAUACGCUGCAUUAAUGAUACGCCAUCCCACCACGAAUUGAGAUCUUUAUUUAUGAGCCCUAAAGGUGUAAAAAAUACCGUAAAUAUCUCUUGUUCCAAUUUGAAACUUGGGCUGUUACUAACCGAGUGCAUAGUGACGAUUGGAAAGACAUCCUUUAAUCUUAAGGAUUAUGGGGAAGCUAUCUUGAAGAACGUGGUCAAUGCCGAGUCAUUCGAAAACAUAGUUCGCGUCGUGGCCGAAUCUGUGGUUCCAAAUGUUUUUAAUUUAAUCAUGAACAUGACUGAAACUUUCCUAAACCUAAUGCUCAAAGAGCUGACCGAGUUGUUAAAAUUCUUCAUUUCGACUGAGUCUGUGCUUUUCCGUAUGAUGGAAACGGUAUUGAACGACUAUCGGGAAAAGUCUUACCAAUUUAUAGAAGCACACACUUUGCCAAUUAUGGAAAAAAUAAAGCGUCAAUUUUUAUCGCUUAACCCAAGCAACUAUAUUAUCCCACGUAAGAAGUGCGAGGUCUGCGACGGUUACUAUACUAUUUGCCCUCUGUAGUGGAACGACAAAUUAACUCUAUUUAUAAAAAUAAAAUAUUAUAUAUGUUUAAGACAUUGAUAUGUAUUAAUUUUUGACACAAAUAAAUAUUUCUGAAAUAUAGGCUGGAAAUAUAUAUUUAACAGAUUGUUAGAAUUCUAUUAAAUCCGAAAUGGCAAA